UCCACGCAGGCGCACAUCAUUCUUCACAACAAAGGACACGCCAGAAUUGUGCAGUCGAGACCACAACUUCUGUGUACGUUUCAAAUGUAUUACUACUGGACUAGAAUUAAGUCUGAGGCCAGUAACAUCAACAGUAAUGACAAACCCAGCCUGCCUCUCUCCUUCCACACUGAGUGCAAACCCACAGUCACUGGGUCCUGAUUGUGACAGUGGGGCCCAGUUUGCACUGCAGGAUCCAGAGAUGGCAUCAGUGAAGCUGGAAGACUGCAGUCAAACACUGGAGCUGAAUGUCAACAUUAAAGAUGAAGAAAGGGAGGAGAAGAUUGGGAAAUCUGUUAAUCAUGGACUAGAAUUAAGUCUGAGGCCAGUAACAUCAACAGUAAUGACAAACCCAGCCUGCCUCUCUCCUUCCACACUGAGUGCAAACCCACAGUCACUGGGUCCUGAUUGUGACAGUGGGGCCCAGUUUGCACUGCAGGAUCCAGAGAUGGCAUCAGUGAAGCUGGAAGACUACAGUCAAACACUGGAGCUGAAUGUCAACAUUAAAGAUGAAGAAGAGGAGGAGAAGAUUGGGAAAUCUGUUAAUCAUGGAGACCAUGUUGAGACAUUCUCUACAUCCAGAGAGCAUCAGCAGGAAGAUCACAUAGCAAAGAGGUCUCACCACUGCACACAUUGUGAGGAGAUUUUCCCAUGUCUAUCAAAGCUAAAAAUACACCUAAAAAUACACACAAGAGAAAAGCUUUACUCCUGCUCUGAAUGUAGAAAAUGCUUGAAAACAUCAACUAAACUAAAAGUUCAUCAGAGAACACACACAGGAGAGAAGCCUUACUCCUGCUCUGAAUGUGGGGCGAGUUUCUCUCAACUGGGCUACUUAAAAAAACAUGGACGUAUACACACAGGAGAGAAGCCUUACUCCUGCUCUGACUGUGUAAAAUGCUUCAAAACGUCAACUGCGCUAAAAGUUCAUCAAGGAACACACAGAGCAGAGAAGCCUUUCUCCUGCUCUGACUGUGGAAAGAGUUUCUCUCAUCGGGAUACCUUAAAACAACACGAACAUAUACACACAGGAAAGAAGCCUUACUCCUGCUCUGACUGCGGGGCGACUUUCUCUCAUAAGAACACCUUAAAACGUCAUGAACAUAUGCACACAGGAGAGAAGCCUUACUCCUGCUCUGACUGUGAAAGGAGUUUCUCUCAACUGGGCCACCUAAAAAGACACGAGCGUUUACACGCUGGAGAGAAGCCAUACUCCUGCUCUGACUGUGGAUCGAGUUUUUCUCAACGGGGCACCUUAAAACACCAUGAACGUAUACACAAAGGAGAGAAGCCUUACUCCUGCUCUGACUGUGGGGCGAGUUUCUCUCGACUGGGUACUUUAAAAAAACAUGAACGUAUACACACAGGAGAGAAGCCUUACUUCUGCUCUGACUGUGGAAAGAGUUUCUCUCAACUGGGUACCUUAAAACAACAUGAACGUAUACACACAGGAGAGAAGCCUUACUCCUGCUCUUACUGUGGAAAGAGUUUCUCUCGACCGUGCACCUUACAGAAACAUGAACGCAUACACACGGGAGAGAAGCCUUACUCCUGCUAUGACUGUGGGGCGAGUUUCUCUCGUCCGGACACCUUAAAACAACAUGAUUGUAUACACGCAGGAGAGAAGCCUUACUCCUGCUCUAACUGUGGAAAGAGUUUCCAUCAACUGGGUACCUUAAAACAACAUGAACGUAUACACACAGGAGAGAAGCCUUACUCCUGCUCUGACUGUGUAAAAUUCUUCAAAACAUCAACUGACCUAAAAGUUCACCAGAGAACACACACAGGAGAGAAGCCUUACUCCUGCUCUGACUGUGGAAAGAGUUUCUGUCGACUGGGUAACUUAAAACAACAUGAACGUAUACACACAGGAGUGAAACCUUACUCCUGCUCUGACUGUGGAAAGAGUUUCCAUCAACUGGGUGCCUUAAAACAACAUGAACGUAUACACACAGGAGAGAAGCCUUACUCCUGCUCUGACUGUGGAAAGAGUUUCCGUCAACUGGGUACCUUAAAACAACAUGAACGCAUACACACAGGAUAGAAGCCUUACUCCUGCUCUGCCUUUGAAAAAAGUUUCUCUUAGGAGUAAGAGAAGCCAUACUCCUUUUCUGAAUGUGGGGCAAGUUUCUCUUGUCCGGACACCUUAAAAUGACCUGAACAUAUACACACACUGGAGAGAAGCCUUACUCCUGCUCCGACUGUGGAAAGUGUUUCUCUUGAAUGUGCCAUUUAAAAAGACACCAAAGGAAACACGAGAGGAGCCUUACCACUGAUCUGACUGUAGGAAAUGUUAAAACACCAGCUGAGCUUAAAGGUCAUUAGAGAAAAGACAAAGGAGAGAAGCCUUAUAUCCGCUCUCAAUGUGGCAAGAGUUUUUCCCAAUUGGUCAAUGUAAAAACACACCAAUGGAUACACACUUCAGAGAAGCCUUAUCACUGCACUGACUGUGGAAGAGGUUCUACAGAUUGGGUCAUUUAAAAAGACACAAAUGUAUACAUAAAGGACAGGCCUCAUCAGUUCUCUCAGACCAGCUAAGAUUAGACACUCCACUUAAUUCUCAUGUCAUUAAAUAAUUGGUUAUAAUUGUUUAUAUGCUUAUAUAUCGGACAUGUGUGUUUUCAAAGUUCAGCGACACAAGUCUGUAAAUCAAAACCAAAUAUACAGGGUGUUGCAUGCUGUGAUCGUUGAGAAAACUGGGACAUGUAUCCUGCAAAGAAUCCUGAAUUGUCUGUAUACGUAAUACUUGAUGCAUGAAUAAAAUAAAAAUUCUAUAAUGAAAAUGAAA